GACUUUGCUUAUCCAAAACCCCAACACACACUCCCUACCCCUACUUCCAACUUCCCCCUUCACAGAGCUCGACAGCAAUGGCCUUACUUCGUCAUCUCUCUUUCCCCACUGAACAACUCCUCCCUCUCACACCUCUCCUCUCUCUCCAAAAUCCACGCCACCUCUCCAAGCACGCUUCGACCACUCUCUCGCUCUCCACCUCUCUUUCCUCCCCCUCUAUCUCUCUCCCCCAAACCCACUCUCGCUCCUCCUCCCUCAGGGCCAAAAAGCUCGGAAAUUUCGUUCUCCAAUUCUCCGCCGCCGCCCAAGACCAAGCUCUCGACGAAACCCCAGUUCUCGAGGCCCAGCCCGAAGAGUUCUCCGACACAAGAUUGCUUGCCCAGAAUGUUCCUUGGCAUUGUACCCCGGAAGACGUCCGUACUCUGUUCGAGAAGUACGGCACCGUCGUGGACGUUGAGCUUGCCAUGUAUGACAAGACCAGGAACAGGGGUUUGGCAUUUGUAACAAUGGGUUCGCCGGAGGAGGCUCGAAUAGCUCUGGAUAAUCUUGAAUCAUCUGAAAUGGAGGGUCGUAUCAUAAAGAUGGCUUAUGCCAGGCCAAAAAAGACGAAGAUUCCUCCCCCUUCUUCGCAACCCAAGCCAAUAACUUUCAAUUUGUAUGUGGAAAAUUUGCCAUAUGAAGCAAGAUCUAAAGAUCUCAAGGAGCUCUUUAAGUCAGAGGAUUAUAAUGUUGUUACCGCAGAAAUUGUAUUCCAAAAUAACCCGAGAAGGUCUGCAGGAUAUGGAUUUGUGGGCUUCAAAACCAAGGCCGAGGCCGAGGCAGCACUUUCUGCUUCCCACGGGAAGCUGCUUAUGGGAAGACGAAUUCGUGUGGCACGUGGUAAACAAUUUGUUAAAGUACCAAUAACAGAAAGUUCUAAGCUGGGUGAUAAAUCUACAGAAUUGAAUUCUAGUGUCGAGGAAGUGAACACAAUUGUCAAUGAUACAAACUGAAAUUUGGCUGGCACGGUGAGGUUUCUGCAGUAUCUUCACAUCAUAUUUGUGUAGGAACAUUUGUGUAUGCUCACUCGGACUUUCCCUGCAUACUUGGUGAGAUUCUCGCCCAUCGUUUGGGAGGGAAGGGGGAGGAACAUUCAGUGGAUUCCGUCACUUUGGUACUCGUACAAGUUGCUGCAAGGCUCUAGGCUGGUUAUGUACGUAGGCUACAAGUUUGGAUAAAUUGAGCUACUUACUAGAAAAUAUUUCAGUCUCUUUAUCUGUAUCUUGUCACCUAACUCUUAAGACUUUAGGUUCAUUUUUGAGAUCUAAUUUCUUAUAUAUGUGACAUUUAAUCUUCCUUAUAAAGAAAAAAAAAUGGAAUCCUAA